GAUCAGCUGAUCGCUGCAUGACAGCUGGCCGCUCACGAUUAGUUUCCUCCACCCUCGCUCUGGUUCGAACCUCUCCGAGUUGGAACGAUCGCGAGGAUGUCAGAGGUCAGAGAGGGCCUGAUUUGUCCGAUGUGUAUGAAGGAUCUCGGGACUAUUGCCGAGUUGUCCUCACAUUUUGAAACGGCACAUCCCGGUCCGGAGGCUGAUUCAAACGAGGCCAUCGCAUCGUUCAAAGAAAUAUUCGCCAAAGCCAAGAAGAAGCUGCUCAAUGAAGACCGGGCCCCGAACGGAGACCGUCCGCGUCAACAAGAAGCAAACCACGUUCAGCAACAGCAACUAGUUUACAACCAACUCGACAUCGGCGAACAGCUGCAACCGGGCUUUGUGAUAAAACAUUCGGAUCUCUUCAGGAAAACUCGUUCGGAUAGACUGGAACGAUACAAUAUGCAGAUCAACAAACUUGUGAUUCGACUCAGCAAACUCCUUGCGUCGGGAACUCCUAUUGGAAAUGACAAAAAAAGAAGGGAAUUCGAGCAAAAGAUCGUGGAGUGGGUCGACGAAACCCUAGUCUCUCGGUGUCCCACCUGCGCAGAGAAUUUCACGCCGUUUCUCGGACGGCGGAAGCAUCAUUGUCGACUCUGCGGAGCGAUCACUUGCCAAGACUGCUCAAGAUUUGUCGAGAAUGCGCUUGCUCAGCAGCUCCUCCAAGGUGAAAUAGGGAGCAGCAUUCCUGUAUUACAACUGCGAUGCUGUACAGAUUGUUUCAAACUUCUGCAUCGGAAGCAGCUGAGCAUCGUCCAAGGCACGGCAACGGAUCACCUUCAGGAAGCUUACGCUAGAAUGAAGGACUUGAUGGAUCGAUGCGUUGAUUUGAAAGCGCAGUAUGUGAGCUUGACUGAUGCUCUGAUGGCGGGCGAUGGAUCGUUAACGCAAGCUCAAGAAUUACGGAUGGCGAUCCUCAAGCACGCGGAGAAAGCGGAUACGAUAGCGAAGAGAAUCGGAGAUGUGUCCAGUGAUCCUUCACUUUCGCCUCGCCAAGCUCAACUGAGAAUGCUUAUCAGAGCUGCGACGAGUCAAUUCGUCAAAGAUCUCCUCGUCAGUUUGCCCCAUCUACCCGAAGCCCAGCAACUGGAGCGACUUGCCCAACAAAGACGUGAGGAGGCGAAACGAAGGGUUGACCGUACUGUCACUCAAAUCCCCACGACAAUGGUAGCUGGCGGCUGGACACCGUCGGUCGAGAGCUUCUCGCGCACAGAGGAAGACGAGGAUCCUCUGAGACAGCAGAUAAAGAACAUUAGGGGUUUCCUCGAGCAGGCUCGAGCUGCGAACAAAAUGGACGAGGUGGAGGCGCUAACCGAGAACCUCCACCAACUCGAGGCAGCUGCUGGAUUGAGAAGUUGAUGAUGACGAUGACAAGGUGCCCACAAUACUCAUGAGACGUCCUGACCUGCUCUCUUGUUGAGGUUGACCAAUUUCUCAAUAAACACCGCUAGAUGA